AUGGUUCAGUGGUACGCAUCUCCGGAGCUGCAGUCGCAUCAUGACAAUGCGUUCCGUUCUCGACAGCCAGGGACGAGAAGUCUUCCUCCAGGUCACGAUGAGGUCAGCUUCCAGCGUGUCGUGAAUGAGUUUCGAGCUAUCAUAGGCGACGAAAACGUCAUAAUUGACGAAGACUUGGCCAACUUUCGUGACCCAUAUCCAUUGUUCGAGGAGGGAUUUGAGGCAUCUGCUGGACUAUGCCCAUCAACUGUUGAAGAGAUCCAGGCAAUUCUCAAGAUAACCAACCAACACCAUGUUCCCUUGUGGACAUGCUCGCAAGGAAAGAAUUUCGGCUAUGGCGGGCCUGCUCCUCGAGUUUCAGGGUCCAUGGUGCUCUCUCUUCAUCGGAUGAAGCGCAUUCUAGAAGUCAACGAGAAGCUGGCCUACAUUGUAGUUGAGCCUGGUGUCACCUUUUUUGAUGUUUACAACUACAUUGUGGAGAACAAGCUCGAUCUCUGGGUCUCUGUCCCAGCUCUAGGAUGGGGAAGUGUCGUGGGCAAUACUUUGGACCGUGGUCAUGGUUACACCAUUUCUGGUGACCGCCAGCAUUUUAUUGGCAGUCUGGAGGUUCUUCUAGCCUCGGGAGACAUCCUCAGGACAGGCCAAUGGGCUGUACCAAAUUCCCCCAGCGCACAUGCCUGCCCCAAUAGCUUCGGUCCUCAAAUCGACGGCCUCUUCUUGCAAAGCAACCUGGGCAUCGUGACAAAGAUGGCUGUGGCUCUCGACGUAGCACCUCCGUCUUUCAUGGACGUCAAAAUUCACUGUCCCGAGGUUGAAGACAUUGCGCCCCUCAUCGACACGCUGCAGCAGCUGGACCGUGAGGGCAUCACCCAAAGUCACCACAUGAUCACCAACAUCAACCAUUUUGCCUCGCACGAUGCCCCCAAGCACCAGCAGCAGAGUGUGUCCGGGCCUCUAACCCCAGAGAGCAUAGCUGCGCUGAAGAAAAAGUACAAUACCGGGUACUGGCGAUGUUCGGUGUCUUUCUAUGGGCCUAAACAAAUGGUUCUUGUCCGUUGGAGUAGGUUGCAAGAGGUUGUCGCCCAGAGAGUUCCCAACGCCUGGGUGGAGAACACGCUCUUCGAAGGCAAGGAUGGCAAGCCGGUAGACAACAUCCAGAUUGGAACACUCGCUGCCGGGAUUCCUUCAAUGGGCGCUGUGAAACUCGCAGAGUAUAACCUUCCAGCAGAUGGGACAGGGGCGGGAGCUCAUAUCGACACUACCCUCAUCCUUCCUUGUGAAGGUGAAACAGUCCUGACAUGGUUCCGCAAAGCAAGGGCUAUUAUGGAGGAGCAAGGAGUUGAUCCUUUUAUUGGCUGCCAUGUCUUCUCAAAAUACAUCUUGUUUGUUCAAGAAUAUGUUUUUGACAAGUCUAAUAAGAAGGCGCGUGAAGGUGGCCGCAGGGUGGUCAAGGCCUUGCUUGCUGAGGCAGAAUUAAAUGGAUUCGCCAAUUAUAGAUCUCAUGUUCAGCACAUGGAUGCUGUCCAGAACUUUUAUUCGUACAAUGGUCACAUCUAUAGGAGAUUCGUCGAGACUUUAAAGGCUGCCGUAGACCCGAAUGGAAUUCUGUCACCUGUUCAUCUACCACCUCGUGGGGUCUGA